UUUAAAUGACUAGAAAGCUAGCUCAGUUAGCGACCUCGACAGCACCGGCGUUAACAUUACAACAAUACGAUUAAAUGUCAUUCAUGAUAUGUAAACCUCAUAAUUAGGUAAGUUAACAACUCACAUUGGUCGGCGACGACAUGUUUAACAACGAACACAGAAAAGUUGGAGACGCUACGGAAGAAGUAAAAAAAACUACAAAAGUACAAUUGGUUUGCUUGCUCUGAUGACCGGAGUCUCCCGGUUAAAACUGGAGGUGAGCGGAGUUGGGUUUAAGUAGCAUAGCAUGUCAUUGUCUAUACCGGAGUGUGCUGGUGACAAAACAAUCGCACACUUUAACAGGGCAGAAUGACGUUUUUGCGAAGCAUCAUGGGUACUCGAGUUUUCAUUUUAGCUCGCUGAUUUGUAAAAGGUUACUACUUCAAUGCAGAAUUAAUACGAAAUUAUUAAAAAGGAUAAUUUAAGUCAAAUAUAUUCUUUAUUUCACAUUUAAAAUUGCACUUGAGAUUAAUAGAUUAUUAUAGAAAAUUAGCAAAUAGUGAUAUUGUCUUAUUAUUAUCUUGUUUCUGUUUUAAAUUUAAGACACUUUUUUUCCCAACAACAAAAACAUUGGUGCAGGGUGAUGAAACAGACGCACCUAGACACAUAAAUGUGCCACUUGUAAGAGGAUUACUGUACAGGGGAAGACAAAGCAAUUACUGGCACUUGUCAUCCUCACCAUAGCUGUUGAAAUGCAGGAGUAUGAUGUUAUAGUACUUGGGACUGGACUCAAGGAAUGUGUCCUCUCGGGUUUAAUGUCACAAAAUGGCAAAAAGGUCCUACACAUGGACAAGAAUGGUUACUACGGAGGACAGAGUGCAUCAGUUUCUCCUCUUGAGGAGUUGUACAGGAGGUUCAAAGUUCCCGGCCCUGCUGAAUGCACCCUUCGUGGAAAAGAGUGGAACGUUGAUCUUAUCCCAAAGUUUUUCCUCGCCAGUGGCGAACUGGUGAAAAUGUUGGUGGACACCGAGGUCACACGUUAUGUGGACUUCAGAGUGGUUGAGGGGAGUUACGUGUACAUGGCGGGCAAAUUGCACAAAGUGCCGGCCACUGAGGAAGACACCCACACGUCAGAUCUGAUGGGCAUGUUUGACAAGAGGAGGUUCAGGAAGCUGCUGCUUUUUGCUCACAACUUCGACGUGAGAAACCCUCGUACGUAUCAGGAUGUGGAUCCCGACAAAACCACAACCCGGGAUCUCUUCUCUCGGUUUGACCUGGGGCUUGAUGUUGUGGAGUUCAUAGGUCACGCCAUAGCCUUGCACGGUAGAGAGAGUUAUCUGGACCAGCCCUGUGUGGAGACCAUCAAGAGGAUCAGAUUGUAUGCCGAGUCUCUGGCUCGCCACAACACUAGCCCAUACCUCUACCCGGUCUUUGGACUGUCUGAACUACCACAAGGAUUUGCCAGGUUGAGUGCAGAAUACGGAGGAACGUUCCUGCUGAACAGAGCGGUGGAUGAAAUCGUGUUGGACAACGGCAAAGUGAAAGCAGUCAAAUCAGAGGGCAAGUUGUUCCAGUGCAAACAGCUGGUCUGCGAUCCCAGCUACGUUCCCAACCGUGUCAGGAAGGUGGGGAAAGUCAUCAGGGUCAUCUGUUUACUCAACCAUCCCGUGAAAAACACUCACGAGGCCAACUCGUGUCAGAUCAUCAUCCCGCAAACACAACUCCACAGGAAGUCUGACAUCUUCAUAUCCGUGGUGUCCUACACUCAUAACGUGGCUUCAGAUGGGAUGUACAUCGCCACGGUGAGCACAGCCGUAGAAAGCAACAACCCAGAGAAGGAGGUGCAGCCGGGCUUGGACCUUCUGGAACCCAUCGUGCAGAAAUUUGUUUCAGUCAGCAGCCUGCUGGUUCCCAAUGAUGAUGGAAGCAAGAGUCAGAUUUUUGUCUCUCGCUCCUAUGAUGAAAGCAACCACUUUGGGAGCGAGUGUGAGGACAUUAAGGACAUGUACCGUCGCAUCACUGGUCACGCGCCUCCCAUGAAGACUAGCUAAGUAGCAUUUAGCAAGCUAUUAAGAUGUCAAUAUUCAGCAACUGCUGAAGGGGAUACUGUAACUCUCUAUAGAAAACUAGGUUUCUAUUUGUACAGAAACACAAAAUUUGUAUUCCAGUUGGUUAUAAAAUUCUCGUUUGUGGUAUUUUCUUUACUGCUAGCUCGCUAGCUAGCUGGAUCGUGUUUGUACGUUUAUCUUCUUCUGUGGCGACAUUGAAGAGGCUAAAGGCUCCCUAGCUCCCCCUACAGUUUUGAAGCGAAACAAACCUAUGGAGCGCCGUAAUGAUGCUGCGUUCGAGAGUAUCAGAAAAUUUUAACAUAAAGUGUCAACAUUGGUUAGUUAUUGCUUUAUUUGAAAGUAGAUCAUUUGAAAACCAACCUUAUCUUUUUUAGACUAUGAGUCUUUUUAAUAUAUAUGUGUCAUGCUGGGAGCAUAACACAAUAUAACCCACACACCAAUUUCCAUACAUAAUUUGUGUUAAAUAGCGAUGUUUUAUUUAAACAAUACAUAUAAUAUUUUGCAUCACGGUGGUUGCGGGGCGUCAGAUUGCUGCGUGUGGCUCGAGUCUGGGCUAUCAAUUUGUCCAGAUUUCCCAGCUGUAUUGAAUGCAGCAUGAAAGCUAGUCGGAAGCUCGAGAAGCUAAUAGUAACCGCUUGGAGAAAGUUGUUUUCUUUAUGUUGUCAUGUUUUGGAAUAAACAGUGUGGCAACAGCAAUUUGUCCAGAUUUCCCAGCUGUAUCGAAUGCAGCAUGACAGCUAGUCGGAAGUUCGAGAAGCUAAUAGUAAACGUAUGUAUGAGUGUAAUAUUUGUUUUAUCGCUACCUGACUCUGAAUCUUAAAAUUAGCAUUUAAUUGGUUCAGCAAACUUUAAGAGACCAAAUAACGUAGGAAAUCCACUGUAGCCUGUCUGGCAACAGCAUUUUGUCCAGAUUUCCCAGUUGUAUUGAAUGCAGCAUGAAAGCUAGUCGGAAGUUCGAGAAGCUAAUAGUAAACGCUUGGAUAAAGUUGUCUUUAUGUUGUCAUAUUUUGGAAUAAACAGUGUAUAAUCGUGUUAAGAGUGUGGUGUAAUGUUUGUUUUAGCGCAUACCUGACUCUGAAUCUUAAAA